AUUUCGCGCCGAAAUCGAGACACAUGUCCAAGCGAAAGGUGCAAUCGAUUUAUCCAACGACGACGAAACGAUAUAAGGAUCAAACAGCAGAACGAGACGCAAAAGACGCUCAAAUCGACAUUUUGGAGGAUCAAACUGUGGGUAUAAGCAAGUUUACAGAUGAAAAGGACGACAAGAGUGCUGUCGUUUAUCCGGGUCUUUCCGAAUAUGAAGUGUUGAGGCUGAAGAAUAUCGAACAACAUGCGAUGCUGUUUGAAAGCCUUCAACUUGGCGAUGCAAGAAAUGCUUUAGCUACUGUCAGGAAUCAGAAGAAGCAAGUUACACUAAAGACAAAAGAAAAAUCAGCUGAGCUUCAGCCUUCGCGUGUAUCUCUACGCUUGAGGCUAAAAAAUUCAUCUGACAUUGUUGGUAAAGAAUUUGGCUCACUCGUACGAUGGGAACCAGCCAAUGAUCAACCAAUUAGGCAGCGAAUUCCGUCGGGUCCAGUUUUGUUGAGCACAGUUUACAAUGGAGAUGCUGACGCAAGCAAAGAAUUAGCACAAUCUCUACGAACUUAUCAAUCUAAGGUUGUACAUGAGGACGGACACGUCAUGGGAGACCUGAAACGAUAUGGGCAGUUUCUUCAGACGUUGAAGUUGAGUGAGAAACGGGUGGCCAAAGUUGUGCCCGAUCGGAUCAUGGCUCUCGCUGUUCAUCCUUCGCCUGCUUUGCCCAUCGUUGCUGUGGGUGACAAGUGGGGACGUCUUGGAAUAUGGCAAGUUUUUUCGCGUGAUGGUGAGGAUGGUGUUUAUUUGUUUGAGCCGCACAGUCAGCCGUUGUCGUGUCUGAAGUAUGCAACGAGUAAAUCACAUUUGUUGUUCUCUACGAGUUACGAUGGUACAGUUCGUUGUAUGGAUGUACAGAGAGAGAUAUUUGACGAGGUGUUUUCUUUACCCGCAUCUCAGGAAGUUAAAUUGAAUUCAUUAAGUUUUACAUCGACUUCUUUCGAUUCGUUUAUAAUUGCUUGCAGCGAUGGGAAAGUUCGGAUUGUAGAUGUCAGGGCUUCCAAAUGUCAUUGUGCUGAGGUUGCUUUGCAUAUGAGGAAUGUGAAGUGUGUUGAUGUGCAUCCGCUUGUUAGAGACUACUUUGUAUCGUGUAGUGCUGACAGCGUUGUCGCAGUAUGGGAUCUGCGUUGUCUGAGAUCGCAUCAUCCUGUAGUGAAGAUGAACCACCACAAACAAGUUGAUUCUGCCUACUUCUCACCUCUUACAGGAAACAAAAUUGUGUCAUCGUCAACAGACAACACAGUCAAGAUUUCCAGCUUUGAAGACGGGAAUCUUCAUCUCACGAAGUCAAUUCCGCAUGAUAACCAGACUGGCCGUUGGCUGACAAACUUCAAGCCUAUGUGGGAUCCUAAACGAGACGAUGUGUUCGUGAUUGGCAGUAUGAAGCGACCUCGUCAGGUCGAAGUUUGGGGAUCAAAUGGCAACAUACUAGCUAGUCUACAUCACGAACUGUUCAAUAGUGUGAGCUCACUCAACAGCUUCCAUCCAUCUGAGAAUUGGAUUGUUGGUGGUAACUCAAGUGGUCGUGUUUUUGUUUGGAUGUAAGACAUAGAGACAUAGCUCUUGUUUAUGUUGAGAGAAGUAACCAUUUGUGGACAGUAGACAGCUUAAACAGAUUGUUUAACUAAGAUUUUAUUGUUUGCUAUAUAUUUUGUUGCAAUAUAUGCUUCAACUGUUUAAUUAAGU